GCGGAGCGGGUCCCGGGAUGGCGCGCCAGGCGCCCAUCGCCUUCCAGGACCUGGCCGUGCGGUUCUCCCAGGAGGAGUGGCGGCUCCUGGGCGAGGGGCAGCGGGAGCUGUACCGGGACGUGAUGCGGGAGAACUACGAGACGCUGGUCUCGCUGGGGACAGAUGAGCUGCUCCCCCUCUCUACCUUCCUGUGUCCCGUGGAGCUUGGAGGAGCCGCGGGGGGCCGGAGCAGCACUGAUGGGGGACAGGAGCCUCCGAGGGGAGCAGACCCUUCAGGAGCUCCCCACCAGCACAGCCUGCACCUCAGCGCCCUGGUGCAGUUGGUCAGGGAGAUCCCAGAGUUCCUGUUUGGGGGAAUCAGCCCUGAGAGCGGGGGAGCCGGCCUGGACGGGGAACAGGCGAGCCCCCAGGCAGCCGUGACCCUGGAGACUUGCCGUCCUGGGGGCGGGCUCGGGGGCCUGCCAGACACCCCCUCCAGCGGACCCAGCCUGGCCUCCACGCCCAGCGGCAGCUCCUCGUCCAGUGACCCAGCUGCAGCCGGGGGGCAGGGAAGCCCCCUCUCCAUCAAAACUGCUGACAGACCUCGACCCGCCGAGAAGGAAGGCCCAGGGGCGCUGGACGGGGAGCCCAGCCCGAACUGGAACCCCAGCCCGAGGAAGAACCAUAGGAAGCUAGAGGGAGGGGUCCCGGGGACAGGUGCUGCAGGACUCUCCCCUGGGAGCAGCCCCUUGCAAGGGCUCAUCAACUGCCUUAAGGAGAUCCUGGUGCCGGGGCCCCUGCUCCCUGCGGGCCCCCCGCCGAGUCUGCGGCCUCCCGUCCCCAGCCUGGGUGCUUCCCGGCUAGCCCGGACUCCUGGGAGCCUGCCCUGGGGAGUGAAGACAGAGGCGUCUUCCAGCGAUUGCCCGCUGCAGGGCCUGCUGAGCUGCCUGAAGGAGAUCCCAGAGGCCCAGGACAGGCGCCCCCCAGGGCCAGGGCGGGCACCGCCGCAGGAACCAGGGACAAGGAAAAGGAGUUCAGGAGGUGAAGGCUGCCGGCUGGGCUGUUCUUCCUCUCCAGGGUCCAGACCCCCUCAGACCCCCUCUUCUGGCCCUGGUCCCGGAGCCAGCAGUGCGCUCCCUGUGGUGAAGAUGGAGGAUGUCUGGGCCCAGAGCCCGCCCGCGCCUGUGUCCUGCCACCUCAGCAAGUGGACACACAGCCCCACUGCCCCCGGCAGUCUUGGGGGCACUGGAGACAGCAGAGGGGUCCCAGUGACUGGCAGGGGCCCCUCGGCUCAAGCCGGCAGUGCCUCGCGCUCACCCCUGGAAGCCCUGGAGGCCUGUCUGAAGGGCAUUCCCCUGAGUGGGUCGUUACCUCCCCAGCCACCGGCCACCACUUGGUUCCAGAGCCCCCAGCCAGGAACCCCCGGGUCCCCAAGGCCCGAGCUGCAGCGCCGAGGAUCACACAGUGAAGAGGUGACCGCGGGGCCUCUCCUGCCUCUGGGCCUGCAGGGCUGCGUGAGAGACUGUCCUGUCCUCCCUCCAGGCCCCCGCAGCACCCCCACCAGCUUCUCUUCGUCCAGCAGCACCGAUGGGGACCUGGAUUUCCAGAGCCCUGAGGGCAACCAGGGGGGUCAGCUGGGAAAAGGAAGCCCCAUGGGAAGCUCCCCGCUCCAGGGUCUGGAGAACUGUCUCAGAGAGAUUCCCAUGCCCAGGCCGCGGCCUGCCUGGGCCUGGUCCUCACCAGGAGACGGGGGCCCACAGAGAACAGAGCCCAACAAUGGCACGACCGACAAAGAAGGACUGAGGGGCGAGGCUUGUGAGCCGGCCCCUCUUGGACAGCCCACGGGGGACCGCCUCAGCAGGAGCCUCCGGCCAGCCAGUCCCCCAGCACUCACCCUUGGCAGCCUCCCCUCUUGCUCCCCGCGAGGCCCCAAGGACCACAGACCCCCCGGGCCACCGCCAUGGAGGGGGCUGCAUGAUGGGUCAGCCUGCAGGCCGUCCCCGCUCCGCUGCCUGGAGAGCUCUUUGAGGGGGAUCCUGCCCGGGAGGCCCUUGCGCUUCGCCUGCUUGGCCGGUCCCAGCCCCAGCCCCGGCUCCAGCUCCAGCUUCAGCAGCUCAGAAGGAGAUGAGUUAAGGCCGGAGUCCGAGCCUUGGCCGCUGCUCCCGCCAGAGCGGGGCCGCCUCCCCAGCUGCCGGGGCCCUGGCCCUCCGUCCCCACGGCCUGGGGGUCUCCCCAGCAGCAGCAGCAGCAGCAGCAGCAGCAGCAACAGUAGCAGCAGCAGCAACAGUAGCAGCAGCAGCAACAGUAGCAGCAGCAGCCCUGGUGGAGGCCUGUGGAGAGCAGAGCCCAGGGACCCCGGCGGUCUCAGUGCCGGAACAGCUGGGAGCCCCUGCCCCGCCCCUGCGCUGGAGAAAAGGCCUGACCCAGGGCCCUGCCGGCCCCCCAGCUCAGCCCCCCCUGGGCCCCUGUCCUGGAAGCCAGAGGUGAGCAAAGAGCCUGAGGACCCGGGGUCCGGACACAGAAGACUGAGCGUGCCAGACAGGACCAGUGGGAGGCCACUUCCCAGCAUCCCACCGGAGCCGUCCCCUGAGUCCACGAUCACCCGCCCAAUGCCACCCGCCUGCCCGCGGCCAUGCCCCUGCGGGCGGUCCCUGCAGCAUGAGCUCCGCGGCCUCAGCGCCACCCUCUCCGAGAAGCUAGACCGGCUCGCCACGGCCCUGGCUGGCCUGUCUCAGGAAGUGGCCACCAUGAGGACCCACGUGGAACGGCUGGGGCGGCGACCGCGGGGCUCUGUGCCGAAGGGCCAGGCUUCCUGGCCAUGGACCCUCCCCCGGGGCCCUCACCGGGCUCGUGGCCCUGCCCACAGGCACCUGCCCUACUGGAGACAGAAGGGCCCUGCCCGGCCUAAACCCAAGCUCUUGCGGGGCCAGGCUGACGGCUGCAGGGCUGGGGACCCCUCGGGCCUCUCCAGCGGGGGGCCCCGCCUGGUGCCUCAGCUGCCAGAAGACACCCCCCCAGCAGAGGCUUCUAACUCCAGCCCUUCCCAUCAGCGUCUGCCCGCGGCAUGCAGCUGCGCUGUGCUGACUGUGCACCCCCACCUUGGACACUCUGGCGGCCACCAGGGCCCCCCGUCCCCUCCAGUGCCUGCUGCCCUCCCAUCCCCGGUGGCCGCCCCUGCAGCCCGGGCCGACAGGGAGCUGCUGUCUGCAGCGGCUGCCCCAGCCAGGACCUUUGAGCAGCCCAGGGAGCCAAGCAGCCUGUGGGUGGGGGCCCAGAGGGCCCUGGAAGGGGAGCUGUGGGGUAGAGAACACAGGGACGCGAGGUGGGGGGCCCCUAAUCGCCUUCUCCAUCUACUUGGCCCCGUUGGGGAUGCCCGGCCCCCCGCAUCCCCCAAGGGCUGCCUUGCCCCCUCGCCCAGCCAGACGUUCCCCCUGUCUGGGCCCUGAGGGGCUGGGGCUCGCCCUCGGCCUGGAUGCCCCAGACUGCCGGGUGCGGUUUGCUCAGGGAGGCACGUUCCUCAGCCACACCUCUGGCCUUGGCUCAGGUUCCUGUCCAUGUCCUUCCCCUCCCGUCCUUUCCACUGGAGACGCCAGGGCCGCCAGGCAGGGCCACGCUCCAGCAGCUGCCGGCCCGGGGCAGGGAGGGCCCGUGCCAGCCUGGUACAGCUGGGUGUAGAUUUCAUCUGGGGAGAACUCCGCCCGGGUCUAGGCUGCAUUUACCCAGUGGAUUCCAAAUUAAAGAGGCUGCUUGCGAAGGGAACGGCCCUGGGUUCCUGCAGGGAGGAGUCGUCGUGGCCUCUGGGUGGUGUUCCCUGUGCUGGAUGGGCCUGUGCUGAGGCCGGCCCUCCCGAAGCCCGGAGAAGGCAGCCGGCUGGGGAAUGUGAUUGUCAGAUGACCCCUGGGGGUGGGGGGCGCACACUGCUGCUCUGGGUGGGGAGGGGAGCCCAUGACAAUGCCCGCAGACUGGGCAGCUUCAUUUCACACAGUCUGGGGGCCAGGGAGGUCCAGGGACCGGAUGAGGGCAGUGAGGUCUCUUCUGGGGUGAGGACGGUCCAGGCCUCCCCCAGUCUGGGUGCGGCCAGCUGGUGUCCUCAUGGCCUCAUCCCCCACGUGUCCAUGUGACUGUUGGCACAAGGACCCCAGUUGUGCAGGACCCAGCCACCCCGACACCCUUGCUGUGACUUGAGUGCUGCUGUAAAGGCCCUGUCUUCCAGGGUAUUGGGGGGUAGGAAUCCUGAAGCUGGGGGGACACAGUUCAACCUGAGACUCGGGUUUGCCCUGGGAAUGGCAUGUCCAGCAUGUCACUGGGCUGGCUUCUGGGGCCAGUCCUGCCCGCUGGGCCCAGGGGAGUGGGGAGGGCUUUGGGUGGCAACGCGGGACUGGCUGUGGGUCCCACCUCCAUUUCCUCCCCGGGCUUCACAGUCCUAAUCCAAGCCCUUUGACCCGAGGGCUUAGGAACUGCGUGCCCUUGUGCUGGGCAUGGCAGCUGGUAGGGUCAGCUCUGCGCUCGGGGGGCCUGGGCCCCAGUGCUGAGGCAGCUCGGGGUCCGGCAGGUGCUGUAGCGGAGGGCAGCGCCUGUGGCUGCUAUGCCUGGGGCGCCCCUAAAGUCAAGGCCAUUCUGGGGUGGGGGAGGGGCUGGGGCACAUGGCUGGCACAGGGUGUUUCAGGGCUGGCCAGUCUCAACAGUGUCUUGGAAACUGGCUUCUGUGAGCUCCUGUAAGUGGGGUGCUGUUGAGCCAUCUUGGCAGCUAGUGCUCCGUAGA